GCAAAUGGAUUUCUAGUGUAGAAAAGGUUAUUUUUAUUGAAAUUGUUUAACAGCUGGAUGAUUUUUUAGGUUCUUUUCCGUUCGAAAAUGUGAUUUUCAUUGAGCAGGGACGAACAUCUUCGACUGGUAUUUUUUAUCGGCUCAUUUAAUGUCACAAGUCACAGUACUUAGACACAGGGACGCACAACACGCCUAGUCCAUUUGGCACAGUUCAAUAUCUUGUAUGCCCUCCUUGGCCUUGGGCUUCAACAACAGCUCGACACGUUCUGGGCAUAGAGAGUGCGUCAGUCUGUUGGCGGUAGCCGGCUGGAUGUUGCCCCACGGCGCCCAUGCCUGUUGAAUGUUCUGCUCCAGUUGUGCUGCGGCGCAGUGGCUUGCCUUGACUGAAUGUUGUUAAGUUGUCGCUAGAGAUGGUCCCAUAAGUGUUUGAUUAGGUUAAGGUCAGGGCUGAGUGCUGGCCAUGGGAGCACUCUAAUGUUGUUCUGCUGCAGGAAUGCCACAGUUGCCUGUGCAGUGUGCGGGCGCGCGUUGUGGUGCUGGAACACCAAGUGGAGGUGUCGCUGGAUGUAGGGGAGGACCGCCGGCCUAAGCACCGUGUUGAUGGAACGUUGGUCGUUGAUUCCAUUGUCACGCCUGCGUCCGAGGUUUUGGAAGACGACAGGGCUGACCUCGUGAUGCGGUCCAAUGGCGGCCCUGGUGAUGACCCUAGGGCCACUCCAGGCGUUGGCUUCCAUCAUGUUGAGGUCUGCGUAGCGUUCACCAUUCCUCUUCCAGAUUCUGACUCUUCCAUCCACUUUGCUGAUGCAGAAUCGACUCUCGUCAGAGAAGAGAAUGUUUCUCCAUUGCCUUGAUGUCCAACCUUUGUUGUCUAUGGCGGGAAAUCGUGCUGAGCAGACCAGAGAAAUACUGUUGGAGGCUGUAAGACAAACAGAUGAAAAGGCUCUGGAAUGUCUCUUUACUGUCUUCAACAACGAGGAUGCUCGCUGUAUAAAAUCCAUCCUAGAGCAGCAACCCUCAAUUCUGACUCAAGUGUGUCGUCUUGGAUUUGUCAGGAUUGUUGAGUUGAUUGUACAUUCACAGUUUCUUGACUUGACCAGAUAUGGAAGAGAAAGCCUCCAGGCGUGCUGUUUUUUGGGGCAUGUGGACUUGACGAGACUUCUGCUAGAGCAUGGAGUCCAGCCGGGCCAAAAUGUGUGGGAGGAAGACUCCGAAUUUUAUGUGGCGAACUUGAACGGUCAUGUAGAAAUUGUGGAUAUGCUGUAUGAAAAGUUCCCUGAAUAUGUGAUGAAGGAAAAUGUACGGUACUGCCUGAUGUACGCUGCCUGCCAAGGAGGUCACCUUGCCCUGGUGAAAAAGUGGAUCAGUGCCAUAACAGACGUGAACAGUGAAGUGGAGUUUGUCGCAAGUCUCUCUGCCUGUGAAAAUCAGUAUCCUUUGUUCACAGUUUGCUCAGGUGAACAUAUGGAAGUGGCUCUUUUCCUUUUGACGGAGCUCAAUGCAAACUUCACAGAGGCAGUCUGCAGGAGUUUUCCUGAUUUUACCAGGAGACUUAUUCUGUCAAACUUUGUGAGAACAGAUGAACGAAAGAAUCGUAAGUUUGAAAUGUCGGACCUGCAUUUAUUUUGUCUCCUUCCUUCCUGGUUCAUCGUGGAAAACUCUGACGGGGACGGAGAUAGUCUGGGAGAAGACUUUUCCUCCAACGUUACUUUGACGAUCGACGUGUCCAAGAACAAGCUCAAGGAAGUUCCUCAUGACAUCCUUUGGUCCCUGGAUAAUGUCGUUGAGUUGAACGUGAGCCACAAUCCACUGUUGACCGCCAUCGCUGAUCCAGUCGGACCGGUUGAGACUAUUGACCUGUCUCGAAACAGUUUGACGUCUAUCAAUUUGAGCAAUUGCCAUUUGACGUUUGUGUCAGCUUACAUCUUCACUCUUCCUAACUUGGAGAAACUGAAUCUUUCUCACAACUAUCUGGAGUCUCUCGUAGACCGCACCCAAACUGGAGUCGAGUGGAAAUGUGGACGCCUGCUGUCCUUGGAUAUAUCUCACAAUUCGCUCGGCAGUCUUCCCGCUCAGUUUGGUGCGUGUGGCAGUUUGAAAUCUCUGAAAGCCUCGCACAACAAAUUGACUGAAAUCUGUUCUCCAUGGCAGUGCCCAAUGAAACACCUUGACCUUUGUCACAACUAUCUGGAGUCGUUCCCACCCAGCGCGGACCAGUUUUGGAGCAGAACUUUGAACAACCUGGAUCUGAGUCAUAAUCAUUUGAAAGAGUUGGCAGCUAGCAUUGUCAGGCUGUCCAAAUUGACACGGCUGGAUGUUUCUGACAACAAGAUUCAAGAUAUUCCUUCGCCGAGCAACUGGAAAUGUCCUCUUAUUUUCUUGAACAUGCACAACAAUAAUCUCGGAGCCACAAAGUCCCAGAAUCAGCAGUCGAAAGUUUUGUCUGCAAAAGAGUCCAGUGGUUUGGAGUUCCCAGGACAUCAUCUGGCAUCUUCAUUGUCGGAGCUCUACCUUUCUCAGAAUAACCUGAGAAGCUUGCCAAUGGGCGUCUGCAGCCUGUCCAGUUUGUCAGUUCUUGAUAUCGGCCACAACAGCGCCCUCACAGAGCUCCCUUAUGAACUGGGAAUGUUGAGGAAGUUACUCGUCAUGAAGACUGACGGUCUCAAGCUGAAGGACAAAGAGCUGCAGUCUCUUGUUGAUCGGCUCAAUGAUCCAAAUGAGACAGAUGUGCACGGCUAUUAUGUUGUGAAUUAUCUGGAGCGGCAACGACGAAAAUGUGUGAACCCAAAUGUUCUGAAAAUGGUGGUCUUGGGAUGCAAGAAUCAAGGCGGGCAUUGCAUUGUGAAGCAGCUGGUGGAUUCAAAGCCACCAAAAAAUAACCCAGAAUCCCAUACAGACCUAGCAGUUUUUGAAUGGACUUUGGAAGAGGGGUCUUUUUUUUGGGGAAGCAGACGAAGCGUGUCGGUACAAGUCUGGGAGUUACCUGCCCUUAGAACGACAGCGACGAUCCUGCCGUGCUUUCUCACCCUGAACUCUCUGUACCUGCUGAUUCAUGACGCCACGGUGAAUGAGGACAACCUGAAAGAGCUGUCAGAAACGAUAUCAUGUAUACAGGCCUGCGUUGUGCGCCCCACCAUCAUCAUUCUGUGCAUUUACUCAGACGCCAUGGACAAAUCCUUGAGAGCUUCAAUUGAGCAACAGAUCUCGGCUCAGGUAAAAAAGGACUUCCACGAAUGUGAGCUGAUAUCCAUGGGAAGCAAUGAGAAGCCGAGACCUCUGCAGCAGAAAAUACAGGAGUGUGUGCGAGAAAUGUGUGAUGCUACGGUGGAUAAAAAGACGAAACUGAUGACCAGGCUUGUACCUUCAACAUUUCUGGCUGCCAUGAAGAAAGGAAUGAGCCUUAUGGGUGAAGGAAUUUGCUCCAUGAAACAGUUUCUGGAUGGCAUUGGGUGCCAGGAAAACGACCUUGAAGACUUUGUUGAUAGAAAUUUGAAGUUACAGGAGUUUCUCCUUCAGAGUGGUGCCAUGUUACAUUACAACAAUUCUCAAGGGGAUCUCUGCUCGAUGGUGAUCGUGAAUCCUGGUGUUCUUUUCCGCGUUCUCUCACAGUUUUUGGAGUCCCUGAUUGGUAGAUUGAGACAGUCCCAGCUUCCCCUUACCGAAGUUCGGAAAUACCUCGAGGAUGCUUUGCCUUCUGCCCAGAAGGGAUACUUCGAGACAUUUAUUGUACUUUUGGAAGUUUUCAACAUUGGCAUUCGGAUUCCUGGCACUGCUCACGAAGAAAUUAUGCUGGUCCCGUCCCUGUUGCCCGACUGCCCUCCUGCGCUGCACCUGGCCUCUGUGGGUGGCGGGAAACGGGCCUGCCGGCUGUAUCACAUGCCCAGCGUGCCGGCUGCCCUGUGGAGUCAUGUGAUCAUUCAGCUCAUCUCUGCCUUUGAGCGCUUCUCCAAUGUGACGUGGAACCUGGGAAGCAAGAAGCUGUCGCAGUGCAGAAUCACCGAUAAAUCCAAGUCUUUCCGAAUGUCUUACAGGAGAAGUGGAGGAAGUAUGAAAGGUCUUCACAUCAUGAACAAGAACAUCCAGUACUGGCAGACGGGAAUCAUGGUCAUUCACGGUCAAGGCUUUGUGGUUGUAGAACAAAUCAAGUGCUGUGCCCCAACAAGGGGAGAGGAGCUUGGCAUCCUGAUAACCGUCCAGACAACGGCAGUUGACGAAGGGUCCGACAGUUCUGACCAGCUGUCAGAGGACCACCACAGACGGGUGACCUUGGAGAGACUCGCGGUCAUCGGCAUUGUCAAGGAUGAAGUGGAGGAAGUGUUGGAACUCUUUCACCCAAAGUUCCGUGACCCGUCCGGGAUUGAGUACAAUUCCUACGCCUUAUGCCCCCGCUGUUGCCCCGUGGAUCCCGGCAGGGGGUCCUUGGACAUGACUCAGCUACAUUUUCUCAUCGAUGAGUGCGCACAGAUGGUGCUGUCGAAAAAUCACAUGGUGUGUGAAAGAGGACCCAUAUCUUUGGAAGAGCUGGUGCCAGAAUUGUUUUUCAGUGAACUUCCUUCUGCUCUCAAAAUCUGCCACGAAGACAUCGAGAUAUCACAGGAGAGUCUUGGCCGCGGCAUGACAGGAAGUGUUCACAAGGGCAAGUGGAAAGACAAGGAUGUGGCCAUCAAAGUGUUCUACGCCAGGUCUGUCGUGGUGGUGUCUGAUGAUUCGGACAACCCUCUGUAUCCCAACAUGAAAGAUGCCUUCCCAAAUGUUGCUCUUAUCAGACGGGACCAGGAUCGAGCGGAGGCUGAACAGAGGAAGAUCAGCAACGCUUUUUCUGAAAUGCGAAGAGAAGUUGGCAUUCUCAGCAAACUGAAACAUUCUUGCAUCAUCGCGUUCAUCGGAGUGUGUGUCCGUCCAAAGCUGUUGGUCCUAAUGGAGCUUGCGCCGUUGGGAAGCCUGAGAAAGGAACUUGAUAAGAGACGACCAGCCUCUAUGUUGGAUUCUGAAGGAGAAAAUGCUGUGGAUAAAAUGGUCUUUUCCAAACACCUAACAUACAAAAUUAUUCUUCAGAUGGCUAGUGGACUUUCAUAUCUCCAUAUGAAGGACAUCAUUUAUCGCGAUCUGAAGCCAGACAACGUACUGGUCAUGUCCAUGGAUCUGAAUGUUCCGGUGAACGUCAAGCUCUCAGAUUACGGAAUUUCCAAGUUUGCCACCGUUCAGGGACUUACUGGCUUGUUUGGCACGGUCGGCUACAUGGCUCCCGAAGUGGCAAUGAAAGAGACGUACACGAACAAGAUCGACAUCUUCUCGUUUUCCAUGGUGAUGAUUGAAGUCGUGAUGGGCAUACCUCCGGCUGCCAAUGUGAAAAGGACGUCGGCAGCCCUGUUGACAGUGGAAGAGUCUGUCCCUCUUCAUAUCAAGAACUGCAGAAUUCACUGUAACUUUCCGUAUAUGGAGGAGCUGAUGGGUGCCUGCUGGGCCCUGAAAGCCGACCAGCGUCCGAGAGCCACGGAGAUCAUGGAGAGGAUGAAGCGGCCGCAGUUUCUGCUUCUUCACGACCUGGUCUGGAUGGAGGCAGCGAGUGUGAUUCUUGAGAUCACGUGUGUCUAUGCUUGUGAGACGAUGGGUCGCUGGAACAUUUGGAUCUGUGAGGCAGUGCAGUCCAGUAACAAAAGGUAUCUGAGUGUUUACGACAUGGAGUCUUCCUGUUUCACCGUGCUGCGACAAGAAUUCAGAGGUCCCGCCAUCGUUGCUAUGGUGAAAGUUGAGCAGAACAUUUGGGUAGCCUGCAAGAAUUCCAUAAUGCUCGAAGUCAUUGUCAGAGGCCCUCAAAGCAAGUUUGAAAUGGAAGGACACUUCAAGUUGCCAUCUGAACCAACGGGCAUUCACAAGAUCAAAUCAUCCAAGGGACAUAUGAACAUCGUUUUUGUGGGCCUAGUGGACGGGAACGUCCAUACUAUCUGCAACUUUCUGAAGAAGUCUGUCACCACGAUUGAAACGGUGGAGGUACAGAAGGGUAUCUCCAUCACCUCUAUGUGUUCUGUCAGCGACUCUGUGCUUGCCGUCGCCUGUGGGAAAAGAGUGACCGUCUUAGAUAUUCUGAUUCGACCGGAAGACGAUAAAUGCAACCCACCAGAGUUUCAAGUGACUCGUUCUGUCGAUCUCACUCCUCCUCCGUAUUCUUCGUUGACAAUUGCUCAUCUGGUGUGUGAUGGCCGCGGAAGACUUUGGUGUAGCUUCAAAGACAGUUCUGUGCUGUUUGAGCUAAAUCUGGAACACUUAGGAGUUGUCGGCUCCUACAAGCUAUUGUGGGACCCCAAAGACGAUAAAGCUACGUUAGCCCUGGCAACUGAGAAAACACGCCAGGCUUCAUCCGUCAGUGACGAGAGAGGCCUUCUCCCUAAGUCUAGAUUGUGGGACACCAUGGAAGAUAAUGUUUUCAAAGAACACGAUAGCUCCUCUGUGUCUGAAUGUGGCGGGUUGACUAGUCGCGAAUCUGAGAUUGUCAGUACUGCAGGGAAAAGUCGAUCUUUACCACGAGAUGCUUGUGUGCCGUCCCAUGAUAGGGAAAACAGAAAUCUGUCAGAUGGCUGUCAGUCCAAUAGAUGUAUUAAGGAAGAAGAGAAUGAGCACUAUCAUGAGGUUUAUCAUCUUGAAAGUGACGGGCCAAUUUUGAUUCAGGGUCUGGAUCCGAGUAGAGAAGGUCCACCUCCCAUUCCUCCAAGGACACAGCUUCGAAGACGGUCAGCGAUAAAACAGACUCCUAAUAAUGCCUCUCUAGAGGUCCCGGCUUCUCUCAAUGAUGAUUCAAAGCAACGGUCAAGGAGUGUGCCUGGCCUUCUCACUGUGGUGAGGCCGCCGCCUCUCAUUCCAAGGAAGAAAAACAACAAAGAGCAGGACUGCUCCAUCACCAGUUUACUCGUCUCUAAAGACACUCUCUUACUGGGAACAGAAUCCGGCAGCGUAUGUGUGCUGAGUCUCGCUGACAACGUCUGUCAGCUUAUGCCGUGUCCAUGCGCUCUCCUGAGACACCGAUACAAGCCGGAGGAAGCGAUCCAAAGGGGGAGGUCGCCAAGUUCCGUCAGUAACGUGGAGAUGAGCCACUCUGGCACUACCUCAGCUCCUGGCGUCAUAUCCUCGCUGGUUUUGGCUCACGACAAAGUUGUGUCGCUCCACAAAAUGCAAGCCGCACCAGAACUGAGGCUGAGGCCCCCCCCUCGAGCCAGGUCGAGAUUGUCGGGUUCUGAGAACAGAAGUGGCAGCGUGUUUGAUGAGCACACUUUAGACAAAGCAUUAGACGAAGGACUAGAGAAUGGUUGGGCAGAGUCGAGCCAGAAUUAUGACAGUUUGAGCCAAAAUGUUAGUGGCGCCAGGGCCAGAAGUGGAACUGGCGUCUCGCUGUCGCCUUCUAUGUCGUCUUGGUCGUCUCAGCUGUCAGUGGCAGACGCCAACUCUCCGGGCAGAGUGGCAGACUUGGCUGUGUGGGACAACAUUUCCUCCUCGAACAUGGAUGAUAUUGUGUCUUAUGCUGAGGGCCUCGAGUGAUGGAAUUUUCUUAUGACAAAUUAAUCUAAUCCUGAGUUUGGGAAAAUUCUGGUUUUGUUUAUCUUUUUAUAUGAGUUUUGUUAUUUUACUUUUUCGUAGGUAGUUGUCACUGACAAUGUUUGAGAACGAGGAAGAAAAAGAAGACGAGAAUUGACAAUGUUGUCUGUGAAUAUGCUUGUAUUUUCCUGUAUAGCCCACUCAUGAGUCUGCUGCCUGCCCACUAUGUGACUAUCCCUCAGAGACAGUGGAACAUCAUCUGUUUUUCUGUAGAAAACUAAC